AUGUUGAGCGCAUCGACACGCUCUCGAGGUGCAUCCUCUACCAUUAGGUAUAUUCUUCAAACACGCUCUCAGAGCACCUCAGACACCCCUUCACCUGCUCCAACCCGACCUGCCUAUUCUAAAGCCAACUUAGCUUCCUUCGCUGCCGAGGGGGAACUCCUCACCACUGCGCAUAAGGCUUCUCCAAGAAUAUCUCCUGCUACCCCUCAAGCACAAUCGUCAUCUGCUACCUCGAAACCGUUGGCUUUCCCUCGACCUGUCCUCAAAUCGAACCCUUAUGCGAACAACUACACCGUCUCUGAAGCGGACCUUGAUGCUUUCGAAGAACCACUUCGUCUCAACCCGACACCCAGUCCACUAGAAAGUCAGCCGUCUUCUUCUACCGUUACUACUGCUUCCACUAUCAUCGCUCCAGACCAUGAGCCUCCUUCAAUGCCGCGGAAGGGGGGUCGUACUGUGCGAGCAAUUCGACGCCCCAAACUCAAAUCGAAACAUAUCCGAGUUCUCACUGAUCCAGAGUUGGUGUAUCAACCCUUAGAACUGGGCUACGAAGAGACGGUAGAAUUACAAGACGGAUACAUAAUAUACAAGAAUCCAGAUGUACCAUCGGCAGUAAUCACCUGGGGUAGGUUGAGAGAUGCGUGUACUUGUAAGCUAUGUAGGGAUCCUUCGACAUCACAGAAAACAUUCACGACUGGACAAGCUAUGAGAGAAGCUUACCCUUCUGGAACCGAUGUGAAACCUCUGAUGGAAGUGGUAGACAUGACACGUGUCAACGGCAAAAGUAGUAAAAAAGGGUUGAAAAUCACUUGGAAUCCGACAACCUCAUCUGGAGAACACCAUACAACCUAUCUAUCAAGAUUCAAAUUGAGAUUAUUGACGGAUCCACAGAUGUACAAAGAAGUUUUCCAUCCACCACUACUUUUUGAUCGUAAACUCUGGAACUCUGAGGAAGUACUGAAGACCGACGGAUUGAGAAUACCUUUCCGAGAAGUCGAUACAAAAGAUCCGGCAAUACUUCUCAGAAUGUUAGAACAACUUCACCAGUACGGUCUGAUCAUCGUCGAAAAUGUCCCUACCACUCCUAUGGAAGAUAAGGAUUGUUAUCUGAGGAAAGUAAUGGGUUAUAUAGGUGAAAUCAGAAAUACGUUUUAUGGGGAAACUUGGAAUGUGAAAAGUAUGAAACAGAGUAAGAACGUUGCCUAUACCAACCUCGACUUAGGACUUCACAUGGAUCUGCUCUACUUCUCCUCUCCACCUCGAUUCCAAGCUUUACACUGUCUUAGAAAUAGGGUUAACGGUGGUACAUCGUAUUUCGUCGAUUCUUUCAAAGUUGCUCAAGACCUACCCGACGAUGUGUUCAGGGUACUCCAACAUACUCGUAUACCUUAUGUUUACGAUAACGAUAAUCAUCUUCUAAGGUAUUCUCAUGCAGUGAUGUCGAGCUCUUCGCCAGAAAAGAAUCGGAUGGUAUAUGAUAAACAUUACGCUAUCAAUUGGUCUCCUCCCUUUAGGGAUAUGAAAGGACCAGAUUCAUCUCGACCAGCUCCCAGGUCGCCCGCCUUGAAAGCCAAACAGGAACAACAGACCUUAGAAGCCAUAGCAAAAUUCGAAAGUGCAUUAUCGGAUCCUCAAUACAAGUUCGAGUUCCUAUUGAAAGAAGGUGAUCUGGUGAUAUUUGAUAAUAGAAGGAUAUUACAUGCCAGGACGAGUUUCAGUGAUAAGUCACCUGAAGAAUUGAAACAAGCUGGAAUGGAAUUGGUGGAAGGUGAACCGACGAGAUGGCUCAAAGGGUGUUAUCUUGAUGGUGAGGUGGUAUGGGAUAAAUUGGCGGUGUUGAAGAAACAGGUUGCGGAAUCGGAAAAGAAACAGGACAGGAAUGAGGCAAAGAGGUGA